AAUUUAUACUAAACAUAAAUACAUAUACAUAGUGAUACAUUAGUUAAACUCAUUUAGCUUUAAACUUGAUAAAAAUUUUUCCGUUUUAUUACAUAUAUAAUACGAAAUGGCGACUAUUGAGGAUGCACAGGACAAACGUAAUGAAGAUAUGAAACUGGAGAAAAUCGAAAGUAAGCGGCGAAAUCCCGACACAUUGGAUAACAUUAUAACCAAUAUAUGUGGUCGAUUGAAAAUCAUUUCCGUCGAUGUGGAUAAAGUCCAAAGGGCCAAGGAACUGCUUGCCUCAAUGCAGCGUAGAAAAACAUUCUUUGCCCUACUUGGCCAUGAUGAUGAUGGCAGCAUUGUCAAGAGUCAAACGGAUCUGCUACGCUUGGAAUCCAAAUUCGAUUUGGGAUACCUGGACGAGGAGUAUAACGACAUGGAUGGAGCCUACAUGGAAGAAGAUUUCAGUGAAGACUUAUCCUUAUUACCUUUUGACGAGGAUCAUUGGCAUAGCUAUUUUAAAGGUUUUCAAAUAAUAAGCAAUACCCAUGAUCCGUACACCAAUGAGAAUAACAAGUGUAUAGAAUUGUCCACCAUUAAUCCAUGUGAUCGCAACUUCAAGACCUUUUUACACUGUGGUGUACGUAGCUUUCUGCUGGACCUAUUCAUUGGCACUCAAGCCGAGCAACAAGCCCUGAUUGUGCAGUUGCGCGAAGCCGAGAUUGGUGUGUCCAAGGAGUAUGGUUUUCCGGUGGUAUCCACCAUAUGUGUGAAGCUAUCACCACGCUUUCAAUACACUGGCUAUUUGAGUCCUAGGCUCCUUAGGGAUAAUCCAAAUGGUGUGGAGUUAAUAAAGGGUCACUCGGUUAUUUUGACAGUGAAUCGCGAGUAUUCGAAUGCAUCGACCUGUUCGAUGAUAUAUGUCAAUGCUCGUUUCCUAUUGGGCGAUAUUAAGCAAUAUGAUUUUAUACUCAUCGAUGAGCAUAUACAACUAAUGGUCGUAGGCCGGGAACGAGAUCAUCUAAAAUGCUGUGUGGCACGCGGUGGCCUACUAAGAUCAUAUAUGCCUGUUCUGUUCCCGGCACGUUGUAGUAAAUUUCGUGUAUCCUAUGAAGAGCUGGAGGAUCUAACAUUUGCUCGCGAAGUGGGCAUCAAUGUGGUAAUCUCAAAUAUGAUGGGAACUCAAAGAUAUCUCGAUGAUCUGGAGCAUGUGAUGUGCGAUUUACAGUGUGAGCACUUGAAAAUCUUUGCCCGUGUCGUGCUCAAUGAGAUUCAGGGCUGUGAUGGUGAACUAAAUUGGGCCACAAAACGUUACGAUGGUUUCCUAAUCGAGUUAGCCGAGCCAUCACUUGUGCCGGAUAUAAUGCAUUUGUGUCCCAAUGCCGAGUGUUUUAUGCAAUUGGCUCAUGCCACCAAGAAACCCAUGAUAUUCGAUGCCAUACACAUUAAUGAGCAGAAAAUUCGUAUAGAUCCCUCCCAUUAUUACUACACAUUCUAUUAUCCGGAUAAAUAUCUAGUUAAAUGCCAUCAAACGCAAGACGAUUGCUAUUUUACUUUAUUGCAAGAGUCCAUCUUUAAGCACAUAACACCCAAGGCUCUAAGUAGGCAACCAUACUGUGAUAGCUCGCAUACCGGAGCCGAUAGUCUGGCCAGGAUGAUAGUGACCGCUUCGGUGGAUUGUGAAGCAGUGGCCAUUGUUGUAUGUGGCGUGACCGCACGUAUGGUACAGAAAAUUGCCCAUUUUCGUCCAUAUGCUCCCAUCAUAUUUGUUAGCCAAAUGCGUUCCGCUGAGGAUUAUGUGUCGUUGUAUUACAAUGUCACAAUGCUAUCAUUUCGGACAACAUAUUUUAUAUCACAUCGUCGGAAUACGUUUCGUAAGGCCAUCUAUGGUCUGGCAUAUUUGGCUGAUCGUAAACUUGUCAAACAAAAUGAUUUAAUCAUAUUGGUGUAUAACUAUGAUGCGGGCACAACAUUUCCAGAAAAAUAUCUAAUGUAUAAAUUUGAUAAAAUUCAUUUUGCCCAACAUAUGUGCAAUUCGAUGUUUCCAUCACCAAAUGAUGGUAUAUUAAUUGAUCAUAAUGAUUUGGAAUAAUAUGUCGUUGUGUGUCGCUAUCUCACUUGCUCAUGCUCGUGUUUCUCUGUACCUGUCUCUGUCUAUUUUAGCUUUACUUCUUCUUCAGAUUUUUCUUUUGUAAUUGUAAAUUAUAGGCAAGGAAACACGAAUAAAAUUUGGUAAUAUUGUUGCCAAGAUUUAAAGUUA